UAUUCUAUUCCCAAAUGUAAUUAGAAAUGAUAAUGCUAUUUAACAAACAGAAGUUGAUAUUUUUUAUAGUAUAAGCUUCAUUGAUAUUUUAAAGCGGUGUAUGACAUUCGUGUAUAUGAUUUGAAAAACAAAACAGACACUCCAGUUACUGUUUAAAUUGGCUUGAAUGAAAAACGUAGAGUGCAUUGUUUGAACUUGUGUUUAAAAGAAUCAUGAAAUAUACGCGCUUUCAUAGCUUCUGUCGCAGAAGACGCAUUUCACCACUUGUGCUGAUGAUCGUAGCAAUUUUUCUAUGUACUGUGGUAACCACUAUUUGCUUUUAUUAUCUUGUAUCAAGUUUUCUAACAUCAUAUACUGCUGAAAGGAUUGAAUCUUUGUACAAAAUGGCCAAAUCAUUGAAAUAUCUUCAGGACAAAAGAAAAUCUACAGGUUUCCAGAUAGGGAAGACUUCCGAAUUUGGUGACUUAUUUAGAUUCAACGAUAUUAGUUUAAACAGACCAGAGGAGCAACUAGGAAAGAAGAGUGAUGUGGAUUUUCUCAAACAGCAAUUUGCUUCAGCUUCUUUCGUUUCGUCUUUCAGCCCUCAAAUGCGAAUUGUACAUUUAGACUUGAAAGGUGCUCCUCCAAAAAUUUCUUAUUUCAAAGAAAUUUUCCCAAUGUUGCGUCGUUGUGGCGCUACUGGAUUAUUGGUGGAGUAUGAAGAUAUGUUUCCAUUCUGGGGAGAGCUUAGCAACGUUCCUGCUAAGAAUGCUUACAAGAAGAAAGAUAUUAACCAAUUUUUAAAAUUGGCCAACGAAAAUAACUUGGAAAUAAUACCCCUAAUACAGACGUUUGGUCAUUUGGAAUUCCUUUUGAAACUGGAAGAAUACAGAAGCUUGCGCGAAGUUCUAGAAUAUCCUCAAGCCUUAUGUCCCAGUGAAAACAGGUCUUUAGAGGUAGUAAAACUUAUGAUUGGCCAAGUGUUAGCUCUACAUCCACGUAUUCGUUGGUUGCACAUAGGUAGUGACGAAGUCUUUCAUCUCGGAUAUUGUGAUAAAUGUAAAAAACGAGCGCGGCAAGAAUUUCAAGGGGAAUUUCGAGGGUUAUUUGCGUCACAUGUUAAGUCUGUGGCUGAUUAUGUUAAGCGGACCUAUACAGUUCAACCAAUUGUAUGGGACGAUAUGUUUCGUAAAUUUUCAAUUUCAGAAUUUAGAAAUUAUGGUCUUGACAAAGGGAUAGUUGAGCCCAUGAUCUGGGUAUAUGUCAAAGAGAUCGAUAACUUCAUUACGCCAUACACAUGGAAAACAUAUUCACAAGUGUUUCCGCGUAUAUGGGCAGCAAGUGCUUUUAAAGGAGCUUUCGGCGAAAAGGAAUUCAUCCCUAAUACCAGAAAGCACAUGGAAAACAACAUUGCAUGGUUGGAAGUUUUACGUAGAGAAUCUAUUAACUUCGAUAAAAUUCAGGGGAUUGCUUUAACCGGUUGGCAGAGAUAUGACCAUUUCGCUGUGCUGUGUGAGCUUCUUCCUGCAGCUUUACCGUCAUUAGCGUUGAGCAUGAUGACAGUUGCCAAUGGAAAAGCAGACCAUGGAUUGUUUGAGAAACUUCCAGAAACUCUAGGCUGCAACAUGCCACCUAUGAUAGACUUGAAUCUCCUUUUUGCUGAUCCGAUCUUGAUUAACCUUUCUUCUUGCAAAUUUGCCGGCCAAGAAAUAUUUAAUGUCAUGAAAACAUUUUAUAUGUUCAACGUACAGUUUACUGAGUAUCUGCGACAACUGGAAGGUAAUGGUUGGAUGACGACUUACCACGUGUCACAUAACUUUUCUAGCCCAUGGAGAUUGUCGGAAGCCACACAAUCUCAGGAUUAUUUCGAAAAUAGUCUCGAACAGCUAAAAAUCCGAGCACAAAAAGCCCUGAGCCAAGUAUAUGAUACGUAUACCAUUGAAGAGUGGUGUGAGCAGAACAUGAAGCCACUAGAAUUAAAACUUACAAAUAUUAGACAUAAGAAAGAAAAUUUGUCCAAGAGAACAGUCUGGCCUAGAAGACCUUUGAAUCAGUAAUAAUUCAAUACAAUAUUCAGUUUUUACUAUUUUAUGAGUAAAGUUUUAGGUAAGAGUAUGUAUUAAUAACAUAUGUUUUGGUUAGCUUCAUUUAAAGCUUUAUAGAUAACUUUUUUCUGUUGAAAUAUUAACUUAACAACACAUAUAUUGUUAUAUCAUUAUUUGUUAAGCUUUAAGUACUGCUACAUUACCAUUGGUACUUCAAGCGACGACCUAGAACAGAAUAAUAAUAUUAACUUAACAACACAUAUAUUGUUAUAUCAUUAUUUGUUAAGCUUUAAGUACUGCUACAUUACCAUUGGUACUUCAAGCGACGACCUAGAACAGAAUAAUAAUAUUAACUUAACAACACAUAUAUU